CCGGCCGCGCCCCGCCCGCUCAGCCCCGCGGCGGGACGGCGCGCCCCGGCCGAGCAUGGAGCAGUAGCGGCUCGGCGCCCGGCCGCUCCGUACCGCCGGCCAUGGGUGCGGAGCGCAGGGGGGAGGCGGCGGCGCCCCGCCGUGCCUGCGCCUGCGGCGGCGGCGGCAGCUGGCGGCUCUUCCUCGGCUUCUUCGCCCUGUCGCUGGCGCUGCACGUCCUGACGCUGGGCUGUUACCUGGAGCUGCGCUCCGAGCUUCGCCGCGACCGCGGCCCGCAGCCCUCCGCCCCGCCGCGCCGGGACGGGACGGCGGCGGCGGCGCCGGGAGCCCCGGCCUCCGGCCGCCCGCAGCGGCCCCCCGAGGGCGCCGAGCGGCGGCAGCAGCAGCUGGCCUUGCUGAACUUCUUUCACCCUGAAGAAAAGCUGCACGUUGGAGAAGAAGGUAGACGCGUCCGCCGAAAUAAAAGGAGUAAAGGCAGCGAAGGGCCAGACGGUCCAAGUUCAGUUAAAAACAAGAAAAAAGGUAAAAAGGCUGGUCCUCCAGGGCCCAACGGUCCCCAAGGGCCGCCGGGUCCUCCUGGGCCCCAGGGUCCCCCCGGCAUUCCCGGCAUCCCCGGGAUCCCCGGCACAACCGUCAUGGGACCGCCUGGCCCCCCUGGCCCGCCGGGCCCCCAGGGGCCGCCAGGACUGCAGGGCCCCUCAGGUGCCACAGACAAGGCCGGCUCCAGAGACAUCCAGCCAGCUGUGGUCCACCUUCAAGGCCAAGGCUCAGCAAUCCAAGUGAAGAAUGAUCUUUCAGGUGGAGUCCUCAAUGACUGGUCUCGCAUCACUAUGAACCCCAAGGUGUUUAAGCUGCAUGCCCGCAGUGGGGAGCUGGAGGUACUGGUGGACGGCACAUACUUCAUCUAUAGUCAGGUAGAAGUAUACUACAUAAACUUCACAGAUUUUGCCAGCUAUGAGGUGGUGGUGGAUGAAAAGCCCUUUCUGCAAUGCACUCGGAGUAUUGAGACCGGCAAGACCAACUUCAAUACCUGCUAUACAGCUGGGGUCUGCCUCCUCAAAGCCAGGCAGAAGAUUGCUGUGAAAAUGGUCCAUGCUGACAUCUCCAUCAACAUGAGCAAGCACACAACUUUCUUUGGGGCCAUACGCCUAGGAGAUGCACCAGCAUCCUAGAUGAACUUGGCGUGUCCAAGGAUACUCACAGAACUGCACAGUGCUGCUGUUCAUAAGCGUAUCAGUAUUUCAGGGGGUUCUGUAAUCCGGCCAUAAAGAAAACUGAUCCAGAGCUAUUUAUUCCUAUAUGUGAAUGCAGGAAGCACAAUUGUCUUCUGUGAUUUGCAUGGAGACUUGGAUCAAAAAGCUAGUUGAAAAAGCGUUGUGAGGAAGAAAGGCUGUUGUGUCUGCCUUGUCUCAGUAUUUCAAGUAUUACUGCACUGAUAUUCUGCUCUGUGAUCUUCACACGAGGCUUGUUGAGAGUGGUGUGGGUCUCUGCUUUUAUGUUGCACUAGCAAGAGCAUCCCAGGCAGUAGCGGGAGAAGACAGGCUAAUGUCAAAGUUGUCCUAUCCAGGCGCUGCUGCUUCCGCACGCUAAGGAAAGCGAGAAGGGGGGGUUCUGGUUUUCUGCCUUCCCAGUUUGAACUGCAACGGCCACGGGAUGCAAAGGGAGGUGAAUAAGGCAGGGGCAGUGGUGUUUACAUUCAUCCUCAGGAGCGCGAGCGAAGAAGGCGAAGUGCCUCUACCUAGAGCUUGGGAAGCAGGCUGCAAAAGCAGUAAGUGCGAGAGGAAGGUGAAUACUUAAUAGAGCAGGCUUAGCAGAUAGGAAACUGCCUCCACAUUCCAGAAAUCACAAAGUCCCAAAGAAAAUGCCGAUUACCGGUUCCAGAGCCUCUGCUACUUUCAGCUCCUGCCAUUACCCCAGAGGUAUACCUUGCCCCAACAGGGGCUGCCUUAAAGUACUGCUGCUGUUACAGCAAUUUGUGUUCUGUUGGGGGUUUUUUUUUUUUGUCUUUUUAAUUAAUAUUUUGCAAACCAGAACACAUUUCUACAGGCUUCACCAAGCCGCGUAGAGCAGACACAAGUACUUGUGAAAACACUCUGAAGAAGUUUGUCAUGUUUAAGAAUAAAAUUAUUCAAACAGGA